AACUCACACACUCUUCACAUGACUUACGCGCUUGCUCAACAAACACAAAGCCAAAAACCUUAUCAUUUUUCUUUUGUCUGUUCAAGAGUCCUCUUCAAAACCCUAAACAGCUAGCCGUGUUUUGUCUUGUAAACAAGAAUAGACAGACUGAUCAAUGUUGGGUGAAGCCGGCCAACCAUCAAGUUGAGACGUUUAUAGGGAAAAAGCUGGGGAGGAUCUUGCUUGUUUCAGAGACAUGGAGAAAGACUUACAAAAAUCAUCCAAUGCUUCUGUCGCUAAGGGACUCUUACAGAGUGAACAACUGUACAAUUAUAUUUUGGAGACGAGUGUGUUCCCCCGUGAACCAGGGCCUCUCAAGGAGCUAAGGGAAGUUACUGCCAACCAUCCAGGUGCCGGGAUGGCUACAGCACCAGAUGCAGGCCAGUUAAUGUCCAUGCUUAUGAAGAUAAUCAACGCGAAAAAGACGAUUGAAGUUGGAGUUUUCACUGGUUACUCUCUUCUUCUCACUGCUCUUUCACUCCCUCAUGAUGGAAAGAUUGUGGCCAUUGAUGUGGAUCGUGAGGCAUACGAGAUGGGAUUGCCAAUUAUUAAAAAGGCUGGCGUUCAACACAAAAUCGACUUCAUUGAAUCUCAGGCACUACCUGUUCUUGAUCAUCUACUAGAACAUGGAAAUGAAGGCGCGUUCGACUUUGCUUUUGUUGAUGCUGACAAGGUGAAUUAUAAGAACUACCAUGAGAGGCUAAUGAAACUGGUGAAGGUUGGUGGGAUUAUUGUGUAUGAUAAUACUCUCUGGCAAGGAACAGUUGCUAUGACAGAAGAUCAGUUAUCCGGUCAGGACUCCUUUUGGAAGGACUCCACAGAUGCUCUAGUUGAACUAAACAAAUUACUUGCAGCUGAUAAUCGGGUUGAAAUCUCACAGGCUCCAUUGGGUGAUGGGAUCACCAUUUGCUGGCGCGUCCGCUGAAUUUCUGAUUGCAGUUGAAUAAUAUGCUAGGAUAGGCUAGCAUAAACAAAUUAUGGACUAAGAGUUGCAGAGAUGUUAUGCAACCUAUGUUUGUUUUCUUGCUUUGCUGCUAGGUACGAUUGAAACAGCGAAAAGAUUCGAAUACUAAUUUAGUUUGAUCGAAAA